AUUAUUUCCAAUCAACAGGUGUUCCAUAGGUGUGAGAUAAUGCUUGUUCACUGGCAGGUGGCCAGAAGUUGAGCUUCCUGUAAGAUGACUUUUAGAUUUUCCAGUCUGGACAGUGGAUUUAAGCACGACUCUCCGCUCAGGGAGGGAUCUCUGCAGCAGUCCUCAUUAAAAUUCCCUGUCCGUACGCUCACCACAGACCCUCCUUAGUGGGUGGCACCAGCGUCCUGUGCGCCUCUUAACUGUGCACGUCGCAAGGAGAGCGGUCACAGUUUGAGCAGCACCGUAGAUCGAGCUGCUUUGAGGCGGGGAGUUUGCUGCUUCAUGUCCCGCUAUUUACGGCGUGAAGGGUGAGAGAGGACAGGUGCGCACAUAGUCCCAGAGGUCCAGCAAAGGGUGGCGCCCUGAGCAUGUAGCACUGUGCCGCCUCCCAGAGGCUGAAGGACCCACGGCGACACAGUCCGCUGCUGGAGCUUCACAGGUUUCUUGUUGCGGCUUAUGAUUGUGGCUUUUCUCGGCGGGGACUGGCAACAUGUGCGCCUGGAUGGUGUGAAGUGUGACACAGCAGCUCUGGGCUUGUAUUUCUCUCGGAUGCGCCAAGUACCCGACGUUACGACGCAGCUUGUGUGAUAGUUACACCACAGAGUCUGCUCAGCACAUUCGGCCUCUCCAACAGCUCCGCCAUUGUAACUGGAUUCCCACUGGACCAGCCUCAGCGGGACCUCGCUUUAAAAUGUCAACCGUGCCAGUUCCCCAUGUCUUCAAAUCUUAUGUCAUCUCCAGACACGUGCUCAUCGGCUGGCGGGAAAUCUCUGGACCUUGCAUGCUCUCUGCGGAUGUUGCUCCUCUCAUUCACUCGUCCCAGCUGGCUCUCAGCGACCCCUGCCGCACUGCUCAAGGAAACGAGAAACGUAGGUUGCCUCAUUCUGGGGGGCACAAAUCCAAGUUCACACGUGACACCCACAACGCAUUACUCAUGCAGGUAGAGUGAAGGUUGCUUUGAGAACCAUGAGCACUGUGGAGGACGAGCCCGAUCACAUGAUACCAUGAAGACAAGCCUGCAGGUCCUGCGCUGCCAGCUGCUGAGCAUUCUAGCAUUCCUAGCACUGCCAGUAGGACUGGUGUCAUCAGCACAGGAGCUGUACCUUAGCCAGACCUCCUGGGACCCUGUCUCCAUGGCAGAUGCCCACAGCACCUCCCUACGCCCCCCUGAACCUCCAUACCUGAACUGGCACCAGGAAGGCUCCAGUAGUGGAGAAUGGUCAUCCAAAGGAGGCAAUAAACCCUCAGAUAUUAUCCUUCCUACUGUCGCCCUCCUCCCUUCAGCCUGGCCUCAUACAACCCAACUCUCAAGCCUGGCUCAAAAAGACCCUCCCAUUCAUGACAUGAACACUGUCACCCCAAACACUGUGAGUGCUGAAACCUGGAUGAAUCAGCUCCUGGAGCCAAGCUCUGAUAUUGUAAACCGAGGCCACAUACACAAAUUGGUGAGGGUACCUCAAGUCCAUAACCCAGUUACUGCCACUAACCAGGCUAGCAGCAGCACAGCGGCCCCAAAUAUAGAUGUGGAAUCUAUUGCUCGAGGGGCCCCAAACCCCCUGGCUCUUAUGUCCAGCUCUGGAUCAGGCAGAAGUGAUACACUCGCUGCAAACAAUGCAGAGUCUCAGAAUUUAAAUGUGGAGGGAUCCACUGAUCCCAAGCAGCAUGUUCCAGAUCUGCAGCCAUUUUCAUCAAUAGAUGGUGACCUUUCACUUGGCUUGAAACUCAGGGAGCGUGCUCAAGCUGCUCCAAAGGUGGCCGCACGCCACACCAUUACCCUGAGGGAUGUGCAUGGAGUGAGCGAGCGCCCCACUGACGUGCUGGUGAUAGAGCCAAAAACAGGCAAAAGCCCAUCACAGAAUCUAAUUUCCACUGUGUCUGCUGCAGUCCUGUCCACUGAGCCGACCCUUAGGAUGCAGAAUCCUACAGUCAUGCCAAACAACCACACUCCAGCCAGUGAGACCACCACUGAUGGGGGUCACGGUCAUGCUGUGCAAGGUAACAGCACAGACAGCCCCCCUCUGAGAACCUGGCCGGGAAAUGUAACUGCAUAUGAAGAGCUGCUCUCUAGCAGCAGCUCAGUCAGGGAGUCACUUGCUCAGGACAACAGCUCAGAGGCUCCUUCCACAGCCAGCGGGAACUUCCUAAACCGGCAGGUGCCUGCCACCACCCAGGACAUCUGGACAUCCAGCAAUAGCUCUGACCCCACUGUCGACUCCCCAGUGUCCCACAUCUGUUUAAGCAGGAUGGAUAUUGUGUGGAUCGUGCUGGCCAUCAGUGUGCCCGUGUCCUCCUGUUCUGUGCUACUGACUGUGUGCUGUAUGAGGAGGAAGAAGAAGUUGUCAAGUCAGGAGAACAACCUCAGCUACUGGAACAACGCCAUCACCAUGGACUACUUCAGCCGACACGCUGUGGAGCUGCCCAGAGAAAUACACACUCUGGAGAGUGAGGAGCAUGACACCUGUCUACCCCCUAAUGGAGACUAUAGCGGCAGCAGCGUGGUCCUAGUUAACCCUUUCUGCCAGGAGACACUCUUCAUCAACAGAGACAAAUCUUCUGCCAUGUAGAGACAGAAAAGCACUGGGUUCUCUUCUUGUUGUUGUUUAUUUUAUACAUGUGGUAAAUAUUCAGAUACUUUGACUUUAUACUGUAUAUGAAACACAAAGAGCAACCUGAAAGAAGAGCAAUGUAAACAGACACUAUUUACUAUGAGGAUGCACUUGCAUAUUUUUCUGAUGUACAUUUUCUACAAAAAGCUUAAUUGUGAUAAAAGGUUUUUAUUGUCUUUAUAUAAUUCAGAGUAUGUAUGGUUUUGUUUCAUUCUGGCUUGAUGGUGAGUGCACUGUGGAUGUUGACACAUGAAAUCUGCUUCAGAAAAAGAAACAAGCUGUUCUCUGUUUAUUUAAAAUCAAUUCCAAAAUACAUAUAGCCUGUUUAACUUGAAUAUAGCAACUACAUAUUUUUUUGGGGGUGGGCACAGAGAUUUGUGGCAAAAUAUAAUAUAUGAAAUAAGGGCCUGUAUUCAUCAAAACUCUAAGAAAUACAUGCGAGUAUGCUUUAAAGAAACCAUCUUAGGGGUGAAAAUAAUCAGCGACAGCAGACAUUGAUCAUACUCCAGCAUAAAUUAAAAUGGGAAAUUAACAUUUUUCUACUAAGAAUUCCUGGUUGAACCAGUUAAACUCCCAGCAAUGAGGCAGGCGUGACGUCUCUGUGACCUUGAACUUGGAACUUUAACCACCAGACUCUAAUCAGUUCAUCCUUAGGUCCAAGUGGACACUUGUGCCAAAUCUGAAGAAACUCCCUAAACCAAAUAAAACUGGAGCAGGAAAAAAUUUGCUGGUGGUAGAGAAGGUACAUUAGAGGUAAACAUGUGUUCACCUGUGAUAGUGUACUGCCAUCAGCUAAGCUACUUGUAAUCACCAUAAGAAACUUCUGGAGCUCUUUUGAGUUUGAGCGUUUUAUGUUCUAAGAAAUUUGAUGAAUAGAUCUUAUUCUGAAGUUUGCGAGUAAGAAAAACAAUUUAAUAUUUUAACUUUGAUCUUUCAGCAGUUUGAUAAACACAGGCCCAGAAAUUGAUUAAUUUGAGCAAACCAUUUGUGUGAUUUGAGAUGUACAUCCAGCAGUUUUGAGAGAUGGUAUAUCUGUCAAUUAAAUGUUUUUGAUGGUUAAAGUGGCUUUCCCCCUCAUGUAUCACCAGCUUCUCUUAAGAGGGACCACAUAGAUGUCUUAAUUCAUUAUGUUGGCCCUUUAUAUAUCAGUCUGUGUGUGAAUGCUUUGUUUGUGCAUUUAAGCAUACUGUGUGAGUGUGCAGUAAAGUGUAGACAAAUGAGUACCUUAACCAAAUAUCACUGUUAGUUUAACUUAAAUAAGACUGUCUCUUUCAGCUCAGUUUUACUGUAUGUUUGUUUGUGUGCGUGCCUCUGUAUGUGUUUCUGUCUGUCUCUCAUUUGUGUCGUGGAGUGGCUACUGGUUAUAUUCCAGUUUGCGAAAGCGUUUUCUCAGCGCUGUAGGAAAAAUUAGACCAGCCUUUGCUACUAUAAGUGUUUACCUUCAUAACUCAUGUGUUUGUCCAUUGAUGCAAACUGUAUUUGUUGAAAUGUUGCUGGGCCACAUACCAUGUAUUCAAGGCUGUCAGAAAUCUUGACCAAUAAAAAUACUGAGAUAAAUAAUGUAUGCUGAAUAUUUACUGAGCACAUACAGAGGCAGUUGAAUAUUUUAUUGAAUAACUGAACCUGUGGUCCUUCUAUCACCUGUCUUACUUUGCAUUGCUGCAGUUUUAUUCAAUAAUCAAUGCUGCCUGCCUCUAUUUCUGCAUUGUGAGAUGCUGUUCCUAAGACACUGAUUCAAACAGUGAUAACACGGUUAAACAUGUUGAUAUUUGCUGCAUUGGAUGCUCAAAGCUGGGCUUGCUGUUUUGCACGCUCAAAAAGUGUAUAUUUUACAACAUGUUCAGUGGGACAGUGGAGCAGUGUUUAACAGUAUGUAUUUUUUGUAUUGUAGUAUAUACUGUACUUUUUACUGCUGAGCAAUAAAACAAAC